GAAAAAUAUGAUAAUGCAAUGAAAGAUUUACAUUUUGCUGUGAGAGUUGAUAAUGAAGAAUAUGAAACAUUUCGUGACGCAAUUAAAAUUGAUUCAAAAUAUCUAGAACUCCCUUUACGAGGAAAAUCUGAUGACAAACGUGGAAAACAUCCUAAUUAUGUAGUGAAAAGAAUUUAUUGGGGACAAGAGGUAGCAUGUAAGUUAACUUCUAUGACCGAAGAAGAAAUGAAAAUAAAUACAAGUGUGCAAGAGCAUCUUGAAAUUUUAAUGAAAUUAUCUGAAUCUAAUCAUAUUCUUAGGUUUUAUGGUGUAUCAAAAAUUGACGAUAUUAAUGCUCUAGUUUUCGAAUGGGCUCAUUGUGGAACUUUGAAAGAGUUAUACGAAAAAAAGGCUAUUCAAUGGCAUUAUAAAGUCCAAAUUGCUCUUAAAAUUUGUCGUGGGCUCAUAUUUUUACAAAAAGUUGAAAUUUUACAUCGUGAUCUUAGAUGUGAAAAUAUCUUAAUGUCUGAAAGUCUAGAACCUAAAAUUUAUAAUUUUCGCUUAGUGGAUUAUAGUACCGAUACUACAUUGUCGAAUGAAGUAAUUAGUAAUAACGUUGUGCGUUGGUUAGCUCCCGAAAAAUUAAUCAAUUAUAAGUCAAUAUAUACGACAUCAUGUGAAAUUUUUAGUUUUGGUGUUCUACUUUGGGAACUUGCUUUUGAAAAAAUUCCAUACAGAAGUUUGAAAGUAGACGAAAUUAAGGACUUUGUGAUUAAAGGUGGUAGAGAAGCAAUUAAAUUUGGAAAUUCUACUCCCGAAAUUUCUAAACUCCAAGAAGAUUAUAAAAAAAUUAUAAAUGACACUUGGAAGAAUAAUCCACAAGAACGUAUUUCUUUUUUGAAAACAUUGAACAUGCUAGAAGAGCUAUAUAAUUCCAUUAGUCAUAUGUUUGAUGAGAAUAUGCCAGCUUUACUCAAUAAAAAUACAUUAUAUUUAAAUGGAUCAAAUGAUGAUUUAGUAUUACCAGAUGAAAAUGUUAGUCCAAUAAUUCCAAUAAUUUCAUUAGAUGAAGGUAUAUUAGCUUUUAGAGUAGGUGACCAUCAAAAAGCAUGGAAAUGUUUUGAAUAUCAUGCAGAAAAUGGUAACACAAUAGCAAAAUAUUGGAAAGGUCGUUAUUUGUGGGAAGGAACUCAUGAUGGUAUAAAAGGACGUGAAGAAGGUAAAGAAUUACUUAAAAUAGCUGCUGACGAAGGAAAUUCAGAUGCUCAGUUACGUUAUGCUUUUACUUUAAUAAAUGUUUAUGAUGAAGGUGAUAACCGAAAUAUAUUUAUGAAUUAUAUCACUAAAGCUGCCGAAGGAGAUAAUUGUGUUGCACAAUACAAUUUGGGUGAUUUAUAUUAUAAUGGAAUAUUGAAUAUUCCAAAAGACGAAAAUAAAGGAAUUAAAUGGUUAAGAUUGGCUGCUUUACAUAAUUACGCUAGGGCAAUUAAAUUUCUAGAAGAAAAGGAGAUAAGUCUUUUUUGAAUAUGUUAAACUUAAAAACUUUUUUUGCAUCUGUAUUUCUAGCUACUUAUCAUUUACUAUACUUAUUAUUAUCAUUAUAUAUAGAGUAAAAAUAAAUAAAAUUUAUGAUUUUUCUUUCCUCUUUUGGUCUUUAAAUAAACUAAAUAUAAAUUCAAAAAUAAAAAUUAAAGAGAA